UGGAAGCACUGCUCUGAAACAGUAAAAAAAAAAAAAAGGAAAACCCACAACACACCCCAACACAAAAGCUGUUAUCUUUGCUACACAGCUUCUUCUUGCUCUGUUCCAAUCUUCUGAUAAAGUAUGCGAAUUGUUCUGCUCAUUUCGCCUCUUUAGGCAGCGUUAUAAUCUCUCCACCAGUCUCAGGUUUGAAUAUUGAUUGGAUAAUUCGAAAAAGUUGGAACGUUUGGUGUUGUUUUCAUGGUGUCUAUGUAGAUGUUUUGAUAGCUAGCUUUCAUGGGUUCGCUAAGAUUGUCCAUUCCCGUGGACCAAUUUGAUUCAAAAAGGUUCCAUUUUCCGGCGAACCCAUAUCAGUUUCCUGAUCAAUUUCCAAUUUUCUCGAUAGCCAGUUGUAUUCACGCCACUAGAGCUUGUAUAAUUAGUUCUUUGAUCAGGGUUAAGCAAAUUAGAGUCUCUCGUCUCGAGACUGAAGCAAACGAAACCAACAAUGUCAUUGAUUCCCUUGACCAAAACGAUUCCGUACAUGGAGCUGCUGCUGUGGAGAGAAACCGAAGUCCAAAAUUGAAAAGUAGAAAGACGUUCAAGAGUGCAAAGAGAGGGAAAACGAAGGAUGUGGGUCUAAAGCUUAGUUUCAGAAGCGAAAGAAGUGAACUUGAACCGGAGAAUAUCUUUGUGGAAGGUAGGGAGUUGGAUGUUAACUACUCAGCUCUUAGGCCUGGGUUGAGUUUGGAGCAUUGUAAUGCUAUCUUGAAAAAACUGGAAAGAUGCAGUGAUAACAAUGCCUUGCAGUUUUUCGACUGGAUGAGGAGCAAUGGGAAAUUAGAAGGAAAUACGGGUGCUUAUAAUUUGAUUCUCCGAGUUUUGAGUAGGAGAGAAGAAUGGGACAGAGCCGAGGCCUUGAUCAAGGAAGCGUGUGGUUUUCAGGGCAGUGAGCAGAAUUUUCAGGUUUUCAACACAGUUUUAUAUGCGUGUUCUAAAAAGGGUCUUGUAAAUUUAGGUUCAAAGUGGUUUAGGAUGAUGUUGGAUCUUGGGGUUCAGCCAAAUGCGGCUACCCUUGGUAUGGUGAUGGGUCUUUAUCAGAAAAGUUGGAAUCUCGGAGAUGCAGAGUUUGCAUUUUCUCGUAUGAGAAUCCAUGGGAUAACAUGUGAAUCUGCUUAUUCAGCAAUGAUAACAAUUUACACACGUUUGCGGUUAUAUGAUAAAGCAGAGGACGUUAUUGACUUCAUGAGGGAAGAUGGAGUGAAGCUGAAUCUAGAGAAUUGGUUGGUGAUGCUUAAUGCUUAUAGCCAACAGGGCAAACUGGAGCAAGCUGAAUCUGUAUUGGCCUCCAUGGAAGCGGCAGGUUUUGCUCCAAAUAUCAUCGCAUACAAUACUUUAAUUACCGGUUGUGGGAAGAACUCUAAUGUGGCAGAUGCGAAUCGUAUAUUCCAGAAUCUCCAUGAUGUUGGGUUGGAGCCAGAUGAAACAAGUUACAGGUCAAUGAUUGAAGGGUGGGGACGAGCUGGAAAUUACAAGGAGGCGAAAUGGUACUACGAAGAACUCAAGAGGUUGGGGUAUAAACCCAAUUCAUCAAACCUUUACACAUUGAUCAACUUACAAGCUAAGUAUGGAGACAAAGAUGGUGCUAUUAGGACAGUUGAAGAUAUGAUACGCAUUGGAUGCCAACUUUCCUCGAUUCUUGGGAUCCUUCUGCAGGCUUAUGAGAAGGUUGGAAAGAUCGAUGAUGUGCCUUGUGUUCUCACUGGCUCUUUUCUUAAUCAUAUCCGUGUAAACCAUACUUCUUUCUCGAUGCUGGUUAUGGUUUAUAUCAAACAUGCUAUGGUCGAUGAUUGCUUGGCAUUGUUGCGAGAGAAAGAGUGGAGAGACCCGGCGUUUGAGGCCCACUUGUAUCAUUUGUUGAUCUGCUCGUGCAAAGAGUUCGGUCAACUUGACGAUGCUGUGAAGAUAUACAACCAGACGAAGGAUUCUGAGGACAAGAUUAAUCUGCACAUCACAUCCACAAUGAUCGACAUUUACACUAUCAUGGGUGAAUUUGGUGAAGCAGAGAAGCUGUAUUUAAAGAUGAAAUCUUCUGAAGUUAUCUUGGACAGGAUUGCCUUCAGUAUUGUGGUUCGGAUGUAUUUGAAAGCGGGUUCCUUGGAAGAUGCAUGCUCUGUUCUCGAGAUCAUGGAAGAGAAGCACAAGGACAUUGUUCCAGAUGUUUAUUUGUUCCGUGAUAUGCUUCGGAUAUAUCAAAAGUGUGGCCUGCAGGAUAAACUCGAGCAUCUGUACUACAAAAUCCGGAAGAGUGGAGUUCUCAAACCUUGCAGGAUUAAAUCCCUUAGUAAAAAUAUCUGCAAUCUGAUUUUCGGUCCUGCAAUAAACCACCUUGAUUUCUCCUUCUUGCUGAACUUCUCUCAGAUAGAAGAAUUUAACCUUAAAAUGCUUAGUCCUUCCAUGAAAGACUGCAUUUUGUGA